UUCUUCUUUCACUUCCUCACUAAUUAACUUUAAUUCACAAAACAUUGUUUUUCUUUUCCCUCUAUUUAUCAUACCAAACUUUCCUCUUUUUUAUUUUCUUCAACUCAAAUCUUCAACUGAGUUUCUCUCCUUCUAUUAAAAUUGAUCAAAUUUUAUGGAGAGUGAAUUCUAUUUAAACGCCGGAAUCCCACCUCCGGCAACCGCACAACUUCCAUUACAUUUCGACCAAAAUUCAAACUCAACAAUGCCCAUUUGGCACCGCCCAUCUUUCUUGCAACCCAAUGAACCAAACCGUAAUGUUAAAUCACCAAAUCAGUUUUCCGACCGUUUCUUCGACCCCAACUCAACGGAUCAGUUUGACUCAGCUCUGAGCUCAAUGGUGUCAUCUCCGGCAGCUUCCAAUUCCAACAUCUCAUCGGAGAGUUUCAUGAUCAGAGAACUCAUCGGGAAAUUGGGUAAUAUUGGCAAUUCUCAGCCUAUGUUGGCAGCUUCAUUCAACAAUAACAACAAUAAUAAUAAUAGUACACCAAAUUCUUGUUAUAGUAGACCACUGAGUUCGCCGCCGAAGCUGAACAUGUCUCCCGUGGCUCAGUUAACGAAACCAUUGGCUUUGAAUUCUACGGUGGCGGAAUUCACAGCUGAUCCGGGAUUCGCGGAGAGAGCAGCUCGGUUUUCUUGUUUUGGAAGCAGGAGUUUUAAUGGGAGAAGUAGUACAUUUGGAGUGAACAAUGCAGAAAUUCAGUAUAGAUGCAAUAAUAAUGGCAAUAACAGUAAUGGUAAUUCAAAUCUGGGAAAUGUAAAUAAAAUGCCAAGAGUAUCAAGCACUCCUUCUCUAAAGGGAAAUAAGGAUUAUUCUCUGCUUCAGCAAGAUCCAUCUGAAUUGGCUAAUUCUAAUUCUCAAGAUGACUCCUCUGUUUCGGAGCAGAACCCGAAUGGAGAAUCAGGGUUUAGGCCUGAAUUGAAUUCCAGGAAAAGAAAAGCUGUUUCCAAGGCGAAAUCUAAAGAAAUUCCGCAGCCCAAUUUAGAUAAGGAUGGAGAAGAAGAUAAUGAUUCUGAUGCGAAGCGGAGCAAGGGGAAUGAUAUUGAGAAAAAUGAAAUUAAAGAUGAGGAAGUGAAGAAGGAAAAUAAUGUAAAAGCUGUUGAUCCUCAUAUAGACUACAUUCAUGUUAGAGCUCGACGAGGUCAAGCCACUGAUAGUCAUAGUUUAGCUGAAAGAGUUCGACGAGAAAAAAUUAGUGAAAGAAUGAAGCUUCUUCAAGAUCUUGUACCUGGUUGCAAUAAGGUAACUGGGAAAGCACUUAUGCUGGAUGAAAUUAUAAAUUAUGUUCAGUCAUUGCAACGCCAAGUAGAGUUUCUCUCCAUGAAGUUGGCUUCUGUUAAUACCAGCCUGGAUAUCAACAUGGAUACUCUAGUUUCUAAAGAUGUAUUUCAAACAUCCAACCAAUUGCCACAUCAAAUAUUCCCCAUAGAUUCCUCGUCAUCACCCAUUUUUGGGCACAAUACCAAUAUUUGUAAUGGCACUACGGACCCAUUACUACCCCAAAAUCUCAAUAUGCAAUUUCCCCAACUUGACGCUUUUAACCAUAUUCCUCCUCAGUUUUCAACAUUCUGUGAGGAUGACCUUCAAUCCCUUGUUCAGAUGGGCUUCGGCCAGCUACCCGUCCGACAAUCCUUAUUAUCAGGCCAUAACUUCAAUGGUUCAAAUCAAAUCUCCCACAUGAAAACUGAGAUCUAAUCACAAUUAUUUGGUCCGAAAUUAAAGUUCAGAUGGAGAAAAAAGAGUGUUGUAUAUACAAGAAAUUUGACUUGGACCAGCAAAUUAUAGAAUUAUUAAGCCAAUUAAUAUUUAGGUUUAAUGAAGAAGAUAGUAUUAUUAUUAUUAUUAUUAUUUUUCCUUGAUCCUACAUUUUUUUAUCAAGGAUUUUUUUUAUCCUAUUUCUUGUGGAAUUUUCUUACUAAAUAUCCACUGUAAAAUCUUAGAGCUCUAAAUGUACUUUUGGUGCAAAUUAUUGUAGCACCCCAUGUAAGAUAUAAUGCUAAUUAAAUGAACAAUUUCACCUACCUAAA